AUGGUGCUGCAGUACCGGUACGACGACAAGAAGAACGGGCGCUCGGGCAGCGGCGCGCUGCGCGGCGUGUGCGCGUGCGCGGCCGGCCUGCCCUGCGCGCCCGCCGACCGCCAGGAGAACACGCUCAUCCCCUGGUGCCUGCCGCACACCGCCAACCGACACAACAACUGGGCCGGCCUCUACGGGCGUAUUUCAUGGGACGGCUACUUCAGUACUACGGUGACGGACCCCGAGCCGAUGGGCAAGCAGGGCCGCGUGCUGCACCCCGACCAGCCGCGCGUGGUGUCCGUGCGCGAGUGUGCGCGCUCGCAGGGCUUCCGUGACUCCUAUCUCUUUGCUGGCUCCGUACUCGAUAAAUAUCGACAGAUCGGAAAUGCUGUCCCACCACCUCUAGGUGCAGCAUUGGGCAGAGAAAUUAAGAAAGCAUUGAGUGCAUCU